CUCUUCCAGCAGAGCUCCUGGGUUGGUCCUGAAGCCUCCAGCUACCUGCCUGCUGACCUGCCAGGGCCUCUCUGUGCAGCCAUGAAGUCCCUCGUCCUGCUCCUUUGCCUUGCUCAGCUCUGGUGCUGCCACUCUGUCCCGCAUGGCCCGAUUCUGGGUUAUAGGGAACCAGCCUGUGAUGACCCAGAAACGGAGGAAGCAGCCCUGGCGGCCGUGGACUACAUCAAUAAGCACCUUCCUCGGGGCUACAAGCACACCUUAAACCAGGUGGACAGUGUGAAGGUGUGGCCACGGCGGCCCACGGGAGAGGUGUUUGACAUUGAAAUAGACACGCUGGAAACCACCUGCCAUGUACUGGACCCCACCCCCCUGGCAAACUGCAGCGUGAGGCAGCUGAAAGAGCACGCGGUGGAUGGAGACUGCGAUUUCCAUGUGCUGAAACAGGACGGCCAGUUUUCCGUAUUGUUUGCCAAAUGCGAUUCCAGUCCAGACUCGGCCGAGGACGUGCAGAAGCUGUGUCCAGGCUGCCCGCUGCUGGCCCCGCUUAAUGACAGCCGGGUGGUGCACGCAGGAGAGGCCGCGCUGGCUGCCUUCAAUGCUGAGAACAACGGCUCCUACUUUCAGCUUGUGGAAAUUUCCCGGGCUCAAAUUGUGCCUCAUCCACCUUCUGUCUCUGUGGAGUUUGCGGUGGCUGCCACGGACUGUGUUGCUAAAGAGGUUGUAGACCCAGCCAAGUGCAACCUGCUGGCAGAAAAGCAAUACGGCUUCUGUAAGGGGACGGUCACUGAGAAGAUUGCCGGUGGGGAAGAUGUCGCAGUGACCUGCACAGUGUUCCAAACACAGGCUGUGCUCCCGCAGCCCCAGCCAGAUGGUGCGGCAGCAGAUGCGCCGAAGCCUGCGCCAGACGCAGCUGUGCCUACACCUCCUCCCGCCGACCUGCCCACGGCCUCCCUGGUGGUGGGACCUGGGGUGGUGGCAGCUCCCCCGAUCCCCCCACCGCUGCACCGGGCACACUACGACUUGCGCCACACCUUCUCAGGUGUGGCCUCUGUGGAGUCAGCCUCAGGAGAAGCGUUCCACGUGGGGAAGACACCCAAGGUGGCACAGCCUAGCAUUUCUGCAACUGAAGGUCCAGUGGUCCGCCGUUGCCCAGGGAAAAUCAGAUACUUCAAGGUCUAGAAGACAGUCAGAGAUGAGAAGGUUUGGCACAGGGAACAUGGCCACCAUUUUGUCCAAGUAUGGGUAUGGGUGGGGGCUUUGUCUGCUAUCAAAGCAAGUGCUACGUGUGGUCUAGAUUAUGUCAAAUCUUGAACCCCUCCUUUGGAGGACAGGAGCAGAGAGGGUGAUAGUUAUGUUUGGUGGAGGACAUAAGGUCAGCGACUUGAUUGUCAUUGUUUUGAUGCUAAACCACCACUGCUGUGUUCUCUGCCUUCUCUUGACCUCACAAAAAUAAUUGGAACUGUGAUUUUGAAAGGUGCUCUUGCCAAGUUUAUAUCUGCUUGUUAAUAAAAAUGUCUGAAGGACCUUCCUUAA